AUGGCUCUCCCAGGAAAAUCACCCCUUAACCUGGUCCUUGGAGCGGGAAAUGUUGGAGACAAGUCUGUCGACCCCACUGCACGCUUCGAUACUCCCGACGAAGUGAAUGCCUAUUUCAGCGCCUUUGCUGCCCGUGGAUAUGAUCAAAUUGAUACCGCACGCCUCUACUCACCCAUGGCACCUGGUAGCUCAGAGCCAAGAAUCGGUGCCAUCAACGUUGGUAAUAAGUAUAUCCUUGAUACCAAAGUCAAGUCCGGCCAACCAAGAUGCCAUACGAAAGAGAAGGUUCUUGAGGAGAUUGAUCUAUCUCUCGAGGCUCUGAAAAUCAAACAGAUCAACACUGAAUAUCUUCACCUACCGGAUCGCGAGACUCCGUUCGAGGAAGCGUGUGAAGCUAUGGACCAAGCGCAUAGGGAGGGCAAGAUCAAACAUUGGGGCCUCUCUAACUACACCGCAGAGGAAGUCCAGCGGAUUGUCGACAUCUGUGAAGAACGCCGCUUUGUGAAACCUAGUGUAUACCAAGGCCACUAUAACCCUAUUGUCCGAAGCGGAGAAAAGUGUCUCUUCCCACUUUUGCAUAAGCAUAGAAUCGCGUUUUAUGCUUAUAGCCCUGCCGCAGCUGGCUUUUUCGCCGGCAACCAUAAGAAGCUCAAGGCGGGUGGACGUUUUGACCCAUCACAUAUGAUUGGCGCAAUGUACUCCGGGAAUUACCUGAAACCUGCCAUUAUGGAAGCAACGGAUAAGACUCUUGAAGUUGCGGCUCGCCAUGGCAUUGGUGGCCAUGCCGCUGCCCUUCGCUGGAGUGCGUGGCACGGUAUUCUUCGCAAAGAGUAUGGAGAUUCCAUCAUCAUUGGUUCCUCCAGUAUCGCCCAGUUGGAAUCGAAUAUCGACACGAUUGAGGCGGGUCCGCUGCCUGAGGAUGUUGUAGCGGCCUUAGAGGCACUUUACCAUGAGAUUGGUGAUGAGGUGCCUUACCAUUUAUAG